AUGAUUUUCCCAAACUCAUUGGCGGUUGCAUUCGUUGCCUUUGCGGGCGUCAACGCUGGGCCAUGCCGUCCUUCAUCAUCGACUACUUCGAGUGAGACUACUACUACCAUCACAAGCAACGCCGAGUCAGUGGCUACGGUCAGUACUUCCGUUCAAGAUACGACCGAGACUACUACCGCGACAUCCGCUGAGUCUGAUGUGUCCACCACAAUCAUCCUGUCUGUGUCCGAGACUUCAGCAGCUAUCGAGUCUGACACCACUACACUCUUCACAACCACCAGCCAAGACCUUCCCACUACCAUUACUACUACAACUGCGGCCAUGACCACCUCUGAAGCUCUCGAUGCCCCUGCACCGCAAUGUGCUGAUCUCGACAACCCCUACUUCGCAGACGACGAAAUCGAAUAUGAGCUCUAUUGUAACUGGAGAUUUGACGGUUACGAAGAUAUCGGAUAUCAACAAGAUAGCACAAUGGAGAAGUGUAUCAAGGCUUGUGGUCAGCUCGGUGCUUGUAAUUACGCCCAGUUCGAGACCGAAAACAGUCUGUGUAUUCUGAUUGCAACGGGUUUCGACUAUUCCAUCAAUAAGCCUGGGUUUGCUGUUGCUGCUAGACAGAGGCCUAGCUGA